GCCAUGGCCGCCCGCGUGGUGGGGCGGGCGCUGCGCGCCGCCGUCUGCGCCGCGCCCGGCCCGGCCCGCAGCUACGCCAAGAAGCCGGCUGCGAAGUCCAAGGGCAAGAACGUGGCGAAGGAGGACCUGAAGGGGCCGGAGGUGUGCACGGACCCCGUUAUGCUCACCACCUACGCCAUGGGGGUCAAUAUCUACAAGGAGGGUCCGGAGGUGGCCCUGAAGCCAGACUCUGAGUAUCCCGACUGGCUCUUUGAGAUGAACCUGGAGCCCCCCAAGAAGCUGGAGGAGCUGGACCCUGAAUCGCUGGAAUAUUGGAGGCGCCUGCGGAAGUACAACACAUGGCGCCGCAACAAAUUGAAGAAGGGCAAGAAGCUGUAGGCCCAGACCCUGCCGUCCUCAGGGGCGCUGGAAGCUGCAGUGAAUGUCAGCCGUGGAUGUCGCUGGGCCGAAGUGCCCUCCCCUGCGUUUGGUCUCUUAUUGUUGCUAAAAACUGAUAAUAAAUCUAUGGUCGUGCUGA